UACUUAAAAGUACCUAUUGUCAAGUUUAAUACCUUGUAUAUUUUUUUGUCUUAUUGUAACUGGACUAGAAAUAACUUGAAACCGUUAUGGUUCUCUCAGUGCGAACGUUAAUUUUCUCUUUCUUUCUAACAUGCACAACUUUACCAUUUGAGGGUGAUAAAAACAUUGUUCCAACCACUAAAGAGUGUGGGGUCUGCAUUAAAGUAAAUUGCGAAUAUGCAAAAGAAGUUUUAAAAGAAACGAUAAAUCCGGAAUUUUCUAGUUUUAAAGAAAACACUGUUAUAGUUUGUUGUCCUGUUAAUCAACGAGUAAUGACCAAGAGUUUUGGAAGAAAAACUCGGCAAUAUUGUUUAAGCAAGUACGAACAUAAACGGCAAGAAUUGCCUUCGAACAUGGCGCCUAGGCGGCGUUUGAUAGAAUUAGGAAAAAAAGCAAAAGCGAAGGAAUUCCCUCACAUGGCAGCAAUCGGUUAUGGUGACAAUAAUAAAAACAUCGUUUGGUUAUGUGGCGGAACUUUGAUAAGCCAACAAUUUAUUCUAACAGCAGCUCAUUGUCUCUUCUCGAAAGACUUCGGACCAGCCACUUGGGUGCGUUUAGGUGACUUGGACCUCAAAAACGAGACUGACGAUGCUCAUCGCCUCGAUCUUCAAAUUAUAAACACUUUUGCCCAUCCGAAAUACAAGUCCAGUUCUCACUACCACGACAUUGCUUUAAUCGAAGUAGAAUCAAGGGUUUUUUUUGAAGGGUAUUCCGAUCCUGCAUGUUUACAAACUGAAAUUUCUAUUCCUGCAACACUUGAGGCMAUUGGAUGGGGCAAAGUCGAAUAUUUGGGUGAGCAAAGUAGCCACCUUUUGAAAGUCGGUUUGAAAGAAGUGGGUUAUCAAAAGUGUGCAAAACGAUAUUCAACUGUGUCWAAAAGAAAACUGAAAGAUGGUAUUGUGGAUGAGCUGCAGUUAUGUGCAGGAGAUGCUAGGGGAGGAGAUACUUGUCCGGGUGAUUCGGGAGGGCCACUCCAUUAUUUAGUCAGUGAAACAGAACAAAUCAAAAAACACUUUGUUGUAGUUGGUAUUACCUCGUUUGGUAAAGGAUGUGGGGGAGAAAACAGCAUUGGGGUCUAUACCCGAGUGUCGGCGUACAUUGACUGGAUUGAGAGUAUUGUCUGGCCAAACUAAAAACUUUUCAUUUUUCUGUAUUUUUACAAACUAAAUUAAAAAAGAUAAAUUUUGUUUUUUUUAA